CAUUUCUUUCACCUCCGCUUCGAUUCCUUGUCCCCUGCUUUAGUCCGAUCCGCCACCAAACCCUAACCAUCUAAAACCCCCGUUUCGCACUCCGAUGGCCGCCGCCUCGCCGCCGCCCUCCCCACCCCACGCAAAGCGCCCCAAGAUGUCCUCUUCCUCCGACCCGGAAGCCGAUGCUGAGCCUACCUCGGCCUCCGCCGCCGCUGAGGGCGCCGAUCCUGCGCAGCGUCGCCCCAGGUACAAGCGCCGCAAAGUUGCCAUCCUCCUCGGGUACUGCGGCGCGGGGUACCAGGGCAUGCAGAAGAACCCGGGCGCGCGCACCAUCGAGGGGGACCUCGAGGAGGCGCUCUACCAGGCGGGCGCCGUGCCCGAGGCCGACCGGGCCGCGCCGCGCCGUUACGACUGGGCACGUGCUGCGCGCACCGACAAGGGCGUCAGCGCCGCGGCGCAGGUGGUGUCCGGGCGCUUCUACGUCGACCCGCCGGGCUUCAUCGAUCGCUUGAACGCCCAGCUCGCGUCGCAGAUCCGUGCCUACGGCUACGUGCGCGUCACCAACUCGUUCAGCGCGAAGAAGUUCUGCGACCGCCGGAGGUACCUGUACCUGCUCCCCGUGUUUGCUCUUGAUCCCAGCGCGCACCCGGACCGCGAGGCCGUCAUGGCGAGCAUGGGGAGUGGGAGCGAGCUUACCAAGUGCCUGGAGUGCUCCGAGAGAGGCAGGAAGGUGCCUGGUGUCAUGGGCCGGGAGGGGAAAUUGCCCAGCCCCGGGCAGAAUGGUGUUGAUGCUUCCGCGGAAGGAAGUGUGGCCAGCCAUGAUGAGUCUGGAACACUUGGGGAUGCAAAAUGUGACCAUACAAGUCCAGAUGGUGGUAACCCAUGUGCACAUGGGGAGGUUGGAUCGAACAGCAAAGAGAAGCUUGAUUUACCGGUCUCUGGUGAUGGAACUGAAGUUGCAAAUGCUGAGACGGGAUCGAAUGGUGGCGGUGAUGUUGUACCAUCAGCUGAUGCAGAUAUUUAUAUUGGGAACGAGGAGAAGAAACUUGAGCCUGUAGCUACUGAAGAGAAAGCACAAGGUAUGGAUUCCGAGAAGAGCAAUGGAGAAGAGAAGCUGCCAACUAAGAGUGCCUUUUCUUACACUGAUGAAGUGAAGGAGAGGUUCAACAGGAUUCUCAAGUACUAUGUUGGUACUCACAAUUUUCAUAACUUCACCACAAGAACUAAGGCAGAGGAUCCUGCAGCAAAAAGGUUUAUCAUUUCCUUUGGCGCUGAUCGUGUUGUCAGCCUGGAUGGGAUUGAUUUUGUCAGGUGUGAAGUUGUUGGACAGAGUUUCAUGCUCCAUCAGAUCCGGAAGAUGAUCGGUCUUGCUGUUGCUGUGAUGAGGAACUGUGCACCUGAAACAAUUUAUGAUGUUGCCUUUCGCAAGGAUGUCAACCUGAAUGUGCCUACUGCCCCUGAGGUUGGACUGUACCUAGAUGAAUGCAUGUUCACAUCAUACAACAAGAAAUGGAAGGAUUCACAUGAGGCAGUUUCCAUGGAACCUUAUUAUGAGGAGGCUGAAGAGUUCAAGGUCAAGUAUAUUUUCCCUCAUAUUGCGGCGAUGGAACACAAGGAGGGAGCUGUAGCUUUGUGGUUGCACUCAUUGAACCACAGAAAUUAUCCAGAUUUCCGCUACAUGGAAACUGCUGAGCCCAAGGUUGGUGCUGAGGUUAAGAGUAUCGAUGCUGGUCCAGAGGCCAAGGUUGGGGCUGAAGUUGAUAAUAUUGAAGAAGCACAAAUGCCAAGCGGUAAUCUAAGUGAGUAAUAAAUUUUGCCAUGGGGCAUGCAAAACCGAUGAGGAUAUCUGUUUGUGGUAUGUACUGAGAGGGACCUGAGGCAUUUCUAGUGAGAUAUCAUAAUAUAGAGAAUGAAGACUCACAUAUUCUCCAAUGGAAUAUGAACAUCAAGAGGUUAAUGUGCAUGGCUUUAUGCCAUCAUGAUACCUGUAUUAAUCUUCUGAAAUAAGAAUCUAUAGGUAUAUUAGUCUUAUCUGAACUUCAUUCGUUGCUUCCAGACAGUUGUAUGACAAAUGAUGGCAUCUGAAAAUGCUUCAGCAAUGUUUUUGUCUGCUGAAAUUAUUAUGGGAUUCACUAUAUUUUCUCUUA